AUGACAGUUUUGCUUUGUGGCAUAAGUGGUUCCCUCUCGCUAAGAGAAGGAAGGGUGAAGUUCUCCAGUUGCAGCUUCAUCCCAGAGACAGAGAGCAAGGAGCUUGAUGAGUUAGUUGGGGGGGUGGAUUUCUGCCCCGUGCUGCAGGUCUUCUUCCCUUUCAGCAUCCAGCUCUACCCACGCGAGUUCCCCGGACACGACCCCCGCGACUGCCCCCGCGACGCGGGCAAAGAGGCCGCGCUGCGCAUGGGCUGCAUCAACGCCGAGUACCCGGACUCGUUCGGGCACUACCGGGAGGCUCGUUUCUCCCAGACCAAGCACCACUGGUGGUGGAAGCUGCACUUCGUGUGGGAGAGGCUGCGGGCGCUGCGGGAGCACGCCGGGCCCGUGCUCUUCUUGGAGGAGGACCAUUACCUGGCGCCCGAUUUCUACCACGUCCUCAAGAAGCUGUGGGCCCUGCGGGAACGGGAGUGCCCCGACUGCCAGAUCGUGUCCCUGGGCACCUACAGCCCCGUGCGGGGCGGCCUCGCCGGCCGCGCCGACAAGGUGGAGGUGAAGACCUGGAAGUCCACGGAGCACAACAUGGGCAUGGCCUUCGGCAGGGACACCUACCAGAAGCUCAUCGAGUGCACGGACGCCUUCUGCACCUACGAUGACUACAACUGGGACUGGACCCUGCAGCACUUGACUGUCUCCUGUCUUCCAAAGUUCUGGAAAGUGCUGGUUCCCGAAAUCCCCCGGGUUUUUCACACGGGGGACUGUGGCAUGCACCACAAGAAGGCCUGCAGACCGGCCACCCAGAGUGCCAAAAUCGACUCUCUCUUGAGCAGCAACCAACAGUACCUGUUCCCCGAAACCAUGAGUGUCAGUAAAAGGUACUCCACGGCCCCCCUGUCCCCUCACGUGAAAAACGGAGGGUGGGGAGACAUCAGGGACCAUGAACUGUGUAAAAGUUACCGCAGGCUUCAGUGAGGAGCCUUCUCCUGGCAGCCCUGGCCUUUCUUUGAGUUGUUCCGUGCUGUCUUUGACAGGCACACCCGUGUAUAAACAAACAAACAAACAAGCGUUUAUGAGUUGGUUUCUGCUUUAAUAUGAAUAAACACUCUUGUAAAAGGUGUCCCAAAA